AUGACGCUCCAUACAUACACCCUCUCACGCUCGCGGCCCCACGACUUCAAGCUCUUCAGGGCGAUCGCGCGGGUGCACCUGGCGGCAUGGCUGGAAAUCCCGUUGAUGGGGACGAUCAUGUACCGGCCGGAACUCACCAACGCGGCCAACUGGGCGAGAUAUCUCCAGACAGAUACCGAGUCGUUGAAGAAUGAGGAUGAGGUCAGGUUCGUGGUUGUCCUGGAUGACCAACUUGUUCCAGACGAGACAGAUGUGGAGACAGAUGUGGAGGGCGCGGGGGAGGCCGAGGGAGAUGGUGCAAGGCCGGAAGGACGUGUGAUAGCGGCGAUCAAAUACUACGUCGUGCCGGCGACGGGCGCGCAUCCUGAUACCGAGACACAGAGGGAAAUCGACAAGCAAUCUGCAUCCAGUGUCGCCGCUGACACCGAAGCUGCUGCAACCAGCAGCGCAAAAACACCGCAUAUGAACCACGAGCUGAGCGACAUUUUCGUCGCAUCCCUGAUCGCCGCGCGACAAGAAGCCACACAGCUCAUCGGGGCGCACGUCCUGAUCGACAACGUAUACACGGAUCCCGCGCACCACCGGCGCGGCGCGGCCGGGAUGCUGAUGCGUCUUGCCGUGCGGGAGGCAGAUCAGCUAGGCCUGCCGUGUAUGCUUGAAGCCAGUCCAAUGGGCAUGAAGGUGUAUGAGAGCGUCGGGUUCGGGGUGUUGCCGGGCAAGGAUAUCUGGAUUGAUCUAUUGCGUUGGGAGGAGGGUGGGGAUCAAGGUGAGGAGUUCUCGGAGAGGAGGCUUGAACAGGCAGGGGGAGUGAGGACGGCCGGGGAUGGUUGGUAUGUUCAGAUGAUUAUGCUGCGGCCGGCCAAGUCGAAGUCGAAGUCGAAGGGUUUGGAGAGUGGCAGCAUCGACUAG